AUGAUAUCGACAAUUGUUUUUUCAUUAGGGGUUUCCGAUAUUUUUUAUCUUCUCGUAACUUUCAUAAUUAUUUAUGUAUCUCGAUAUUAUUAUCAUUAUUUCACUCGUCUAAAUCCUUUACCUGGUCCAUUACCACUUCCAAUAGUUGGUAAUAUUCAUCAAAAAAGAGGAUAUGAAUUUAAUGAUUGGUUAAUGUCAUUACAUAAAAAAUAUGGAGAUAUGUUUGAAUUAAGCUUAGCGGGACAACGUACAAUCAUCUUAUGUAAUACUGAUUUAAUUGAAAAUAUGAACAUACCUUCAACAAAAACUAGAUAUCCUUUUAGAAGAUAUAUUGUUUCAGAAGGAGUUAAAGAAUAUGGAAUAGAUGGCACAGGAAUAAUUAAUAAUAUUGAUCCAAAAUCUUGGAAAUAUAAUCGUCAAUUUUUCGUUCAAGCUAUGAUGACCCCAAGUUUUAAUUAUCAAGCUGUUGAAUGGAUGAAUGAAUUAUGGAGUGAAAUGGAAUCUUUUUGGAAUAAACUUGGAGAAAAUCAUGAAUUGGAUCUUAUAAAAUGGAUGCAUAGAUUUUCAAAUGAUAUGAUUUUUAAAAUUUCGAUAGGAAAAAGAAAUAAUUCUGUUGCUUCUUAUUAUCAUACCCUCGUACCUGAAAGUAAUGAUUUAGAUGAAAAAGAAAAAGAAAAAAUCAAAGAAUCUGAAGAUUUUAUUCAAUCACUUGAAACGUUAAUAAGAGGAGCCAUUUAUUUUUUUUACUUUAAUAGAUUUAUGCGCCAUUAUGUUCCUUUCAUUCGUGGAAAAGCAAUUAGUUUAUUAAAAAAUAGAGAUUAUCUAUACGAAAAAUUAUAUAAUAUUAUUAAAGAAAGAAGGACUGAAAUUGAGAAUACACCAUUAAAUCAACCUCUCCGUCAUGAUAUGUUGACAUCAUUUAUAACUGCGAAUACACCACGCGAUGUUAACAUUGUGAGACAUGGUGAUGUUGAUGCGGAUUUGUUAAGACCGAUAACUGACAAAGAAAUUUUGGGUAAUAUACUCGAUGCUAUAGGUGGAGGAACUGAUACUGUUUCGAAUUUGUUUUGCUUCAUCGUAUAUCAUCUCGGACAUCAUCCCGAAGUGGUACAACGGUUACGACAAGAAUUUGAUGAAGUUCUUGGAAAGGACGUUACAAAACCCAUAACGCAUAAUGAUAUCGAUAAAUUACAAUAUUGUGAUGCAGUUAUUAAGGAAGUAUCUCGUCAUUGUCCUGUAAAUUAUUCACUUGGCCGUGUAAGUGUUGAAAAGGAUACGGUUGGAGGAUAUGUUUGGCCAGAAAAAACUUCAUUUUCAAUACUUUACUGCUCGAUAAUGAAACGAAAGGAUUAUUGGACUGAUCCUGAAAAAUUCGAUCCUGAUCGAUUUUAUAAAAUUGAUGAUAGUGAUAAAUAUUUUCUUGAAAAACAACACGUUAAAAAUGCUUUCUCAAUUUUUGGAGGUGGAAUUAGAGCCUGUCCUGGUAGAAAAUUAGCAAUGAUAGAAUUAAAAUGUUUAUUAUCAUUAAUUUAUAGAAAAUAUGAUAUUGAAUUGGCAGAUCCAAAUGCACCACUUAAUUAUCAUUCUGCUUUACUUACAGUUUGUAAAGAAUUAUUUAUUAAAGUUAAACCAAGAAAAUUUUAA